CCUUUCUUUCUUGCUUCUCCAUAUUACAUUUCUGUCUCAUCAUUUCUGUCUCCCUUGCAAUCCACCUACUCCAACUACAUACAAAUAUAGAAGAACCAUAUUAAUACUUACACCUUCAUCAGGUUACAUAAAUAUAUGCCAUAUUUAUAUCUAUAAUCAUCCUAUAAUUAUAAAUAGCAGAUGGCAGAACUAGAUCAUCAGUACUCUAAAGCUUUUACCAAGGCCGCGGCCGCCCAAAAUAAUAAUGGGCGGCUAAAGCUGUUCGGGUUCAACGUGACAGAAGAUUACGAAGACGCGGAGUCGUCGUCGACUAAAACGGAAUCCGGGUCCCCGGAAACUGGCGGCUUUCCGUCUUCCGACGGCCGGAAAUACGAGUGCCAGUAUUGCUGCCGGGAAUUCGCGAACUCUCAGGCCCUCGGUGGGCACCAGAACGCUCACAAGAAAGAGAGGCAGCAGCUGAAACGCGCCCAGAUGCAGGCCAGCCGGAACGCCGCCACUCUCUCCUACAUUCGGAAUCCGAUGAUGUCCGCCGCCUUCUCCCCGCCGCCGCACCUCCUGGCUCCGCCCGGAUCCGUCAUCGUCCCGGCUUCAUCGCCUCCCACGUGGAUGUACGUCGCACGCGCUCCGCCUCCCUUCCACGUGUCGCACGGGUCGUGUGUGAUCCCCGCGUCUUCGGCGGCGAUGGCGGGGAGCAGUAGGGCGGGUGCGGCUAACUUGUCGUAUUCCUCCGGCGGCUUGGCGGAGUCGAGCGUCACGAGUGUCGGGCACCCUCAUCAGACCAAUAGGAUUGAUGGGCCGUCGUUGAGUAGGUUUUCGAGAGACGGCGGUGGAGCCAAAUUUGACGACGGGUUCGGGUUGGAUCUACAACUAGGCCUAGCUCCGGCGGGGCCUUGAUCAGGUCUGCCGGCGACCGGCGCGCAGCUAGCUUAGUUUCGUCCGCAGCUAGGAAGGCUUACUUGGUUUGGGUUUCGACUACGGGCCAUCAAUUUGGAAGCUGGUGCUUUAUUUUUGUAUAUACAUAUAUUUUUCAUUUCACAUUCGGAUCUAUGUACAUUAUUUAUUCAGAUUUAUUAAAUUAUUUUACGGAUUAAUAAUUUACGGAUCAUGAGUACACGGAUCGGAUUUGGAUCAUCAAAUAAGAAUUCUGUUUAGGUUUUUUCUACUGUUACAUAGAUUGAAUUAUUUAUGGACGGAUAUGUAAUUAGAGUUGAUAGUGAAAUCAUGCUCAGUUUUUUCACUGUGCUGCUCGCCUGCUCGGUUGUAAUACGAAACUGACUAUAAUCAUAAUCACUAAAAUUUAUUAGAGAGUAAUAUAAUAGUUAUUGGGUACAUGAAGGAUUUAACAUUUUGUCCACCA